ACACAUUUACUACCCGCUAGUCAGGGGCUUCCGGCCAGUGAGUGGUUUAGGAGCGGCUACGGCGGCCGACAGGGGGCGGUGGCGGCCGUUGCCAAGAGUCCGGAGGCUGGGUUGCGGGGUCGCGGGCCCCGGCUGGACAAGACUGGGGCGGCGCGGCUGAGGCCAUGGGGGACCGCAGCGGUGCGGGCAGCUCCCGGCGCCGGAGGACUGGGUCGCGGUCCUCAGGCCAGGGCGGAGGUGGGCCCGCGGCUGCGGCGGAGGACGUGCGAGACGCGAUCGCAGGCCCCGACGUAGGAGCCAGGGGGGACGCGCCGGCCCUGGUCCCGGACAAAGACGGAGACGCCGGAGUGAGCAGCGGCCCCUUGGACCUGAGGUGCCAUCGCCUGCAGGAUUCUUUGUUCAGCUCUAACAGUGGCUUCAGCAACUACCGUGGCAUCCUGAAUUGGUGUGUGGUGAUGCUGAUCCUGAGCAAUGCUCGAUUAUUUUUGGAGAACCUCAUCAAGUAUGGCAUCCUGGUGGAUCCUAUCCAGGUGGUGUCUAUGUUCCUGAAGGAUCCCUACAGCUGGCCUGCCCCAUGUCUGAUCAUUGUGGCCAAUGUCUUUAUUGUGGCUGCAUUCCAUAUUGAGAAGUGUUUGGCAGCGGGCACCAUGACAGAGCAGGUGGGGCUGCUGCUGCACGUGGCCAACCUCGUCACUAUUCUCUGCUUCCCAGCAGCUGUGGCCUUACUGGACAAAUCCAUCACUCCAAUGGGUUCCGCGCUGGCCCUGACAGCGUACACCAUCCUCUUCCUCAAGCUCUUCUCCUACCGGGAUGUCAACCUGUGGUGCCGACAGCACAGGGCUAAGUCCAAGGCUGCCUCUGCAGGCAAGAAAGCCAGUGGGGACAGUGCCCAGGGUGCUGUCAGCUACCCAGACAACCUGACCUACCGUGAUCUCUAUUACUUCAUUUUUGCUCCUACUUUGUGUUACGAACUCAACUUUCCUCGUUCACCCCGAAUCCGAAAACGCUUUCUGCUGCGGCGGCUCUUUGAGAUGCUGUUCUUCAUCCAGCUCCAGGUUGGCUUGGUCCAGCAGUGGAUGGUCCCCACCAUCCAGAACUCCAUGAAGCCCUUCAGGGAUAUGGACUACUCACGUAUUAUUGAACGUCUCUUGAAGCUGGCGGUACCCAACCAUCUCAUUUGGCUCAUCUUCUUCUACUGGCUUUUUCACUCCUGCCUGAAUGCUGUGGCAGAGCUGAUGCAGUUUGGAGACCGGGAGUUCUACCGAGACUGGUGGAACGCAGAGUCUGUCAACUACUUCUGGCAGAACUGGAAUAUCCCGGUGCACAAGUGGUGCCUCAGACACUUCUACAAGCCCCUGGUUCGACGAGGCAAUAGCAAAUGGAUGGCCAGGACAGGAGUGUUCCUAGCCUCAGCCUUUUUCCAUGAGUAUGUGUUGAGCAUCCCCCUGCGAAUGUUCCGCCUCUGGGCCUUCACAGCUAUGAUGGCUCAAGUUCCGCUGGCCUGGAUUGUGGGCCGCAUCUUCCAAGGCAACUAUGGCAAUGCAGCUGUGUGGCUGACACUCAUCAUUGGGCAACCGAUGGCUGUGCUCAUGUAUGUCCAUGACUACUAUGUGUUCAACUAUGAGCCCUCAACAGCAGGGGCCUGAGCUGCUCCCGAGUCUGGCUUCUCUUCAUUGCCCAUAGCCAGAGCCAACAGUUGUCUUCUGCCUGGGCCUGGAGUUCUUUAGGUGGCCUGACUGCUUACAUCCUUCUGCCCUGGAAGGCCUCUAUGCCCCUAUGGGGCGCUCUUCUGUUCCCAUCACAGAUGUCAACAGUAAUAUCCAGCUGGUGGAGUGUCUUGAGUAUGCUGACCAGGGAUCAAGGGUGUCAAUAAAAGUGCUGUCUGGAGUGAC